AAUACAUACUAAGCUUUCAGUACAGUAUUAUAGGGAAAAAUGAAAUACUGAGUAGGCUACACUUAAAUGUCGGUCAGAAAACAAGUUUUGAGUUUGCGACUCGUGUACAUGGUGGGAUAUUUAAAACACAAUUUUCCUCAUUUAUUUCGAAUUAAGCGUAGCAUGUAAAUCAAUAAGUAUAAUACAAAAAUAUUUAAUAUUUAUUAUAAAAAUAACUUUUUAAAUUGAAGAUUAUAAGAAAGAACAUCAAAUUUCAGUGUUACAGAGAUUACAAGUAACAAUGCAGGAAGUCGAAGGAGAAACACUCGGUGAGAAACAUAAGAACUUUAAUGUGUUGGUGCAGAAUGCAUUCAAAGAAAAUCCAAACCGGGAGCUAGAAGACAUAGAUUACCACCAACCAGACAUAACAAACCUCUUCAAAAUAGAUUUUGCUUGUCGCACUAGAAAUGUAGAUUGCAUAUUGAAAGUUUUCAAGUGUCAAGAUUUGUUGUAUGUAUCGAGAGCUAUUAAGCACUCUACUUGGCUCAUAAGCGAUACAAAAUAUGCUCACAUAAUUAAUCCACAUUAUAUUCAUAAUGACUUAUUACCAUUUAUGCUGACAGAAGGGGGAAAUAAACUGAUGCUAUAUGUACGGUUAAAUUUAAAAGAUCCAAAACGAUAUGAAGAUUUCUUUGAUUGUUUAAAAAGUACCGAUAUAGAAGUGGCCUUAAAGUUUCUACCAUACUGUUCUUCGGAAUUUGUUGCAUCAAAAUUGACGGAUUUAAUUUAUUUGAUACCGGAUCACAUGCUGUUGAGAUUAUUCCCUUGUAAUUUAGAAGUAUUUCGUAUUUAUUGCAAUAGCAAGAGAAUACAAGCUCCUCUGAUUUACAAAGCUCUAUUUCUCAUUGGAAAGUAUGGGGAAGAUUUUUUUGAUAUUCUUGAUACAGUAAAAAGUGAAUAUUUACCUCAUUUCAAAACUAAGUAUACAAAAUUAGCAAUGAAGACUUGUCCACAUCGAAUUAUGUUCAAUUUUCACAAUUAUUCUAAACAUAUUGAUUUAUUAUGUUUUGUAAAAUAUAUAGAUACAGACCGUUUUAAUGAAUUUAUAACUAAAUAUGGUAAUGAUGAAGAUGUGUGCUCUCUUUUUGAUGAAAAACAGCAACAGAGGAUACUUGAACCAAAUGUUGAUACUUUGCUACUCUCCAAACUGAUAAAUUGUGAUACUGAUGAUUACAUCCUAUGUAGCAAAAUCCUCCAGGACUUUAAGGAUAAUUUGCCUGUAUUGAUGAAGAAUCUCAAGUUUACUUUUCAUCUCAUCAACAUUGUUGAUAGAAGCUUUAAAAUACAUAGAUUUAAUACUGAGCUAUGGAGCAUAUAUAACGAUAUUUAUAAGGAAAUUAAUAUCAAGAAAUAUUCUAAAAGGAAUAAAACACUGCAGUCAUAUAUCAGAAACUUCAUUGCAUACCAAAUAAUCCAUAGCGCAAAUAUAUCUGAAGAAAUGUUGUCAGAUUUUGAGUUUUACACUUUCAAAUCAGAUUUAACCAAAUUCAAUGAAGAUGAAAAGAAAGUUUUGUUUGCAUUUUUGAUGAAUUUUGCUUUGAACAAAAUUGAAAAUUUGCCUUUCAAUAGUGAAAAUGAAAUCUUGUUAUGGAUAGAAAGAGUUGUCAUAUUAUUAGACGAUUGGGAUAAGAAUUUGAAUGAUCAUUAUUUAAUCACAACUAAAAUAAGUUACAUCAUCGCACAUAUAAAGACUACUUCAAAUAUUGAGGGACUUCAAAAACUUUAUGAUAGAAGGAAAUUUUGGAGAAAAGCUUUAUUUCAUGAAUAUAUCAAUAUUGAUUCUAAAACAUGUGUCAAUAUUCUAAAACACGAUCCCAACAUAUUGCACCUGUACAAAGACAAAGUUCUUGCAUGUUCUACUGGUGUUAAAACCUUUCGAAACUUUUAUUUUAAAAUACGUACAUAUUGGCCUAAUACCUUGGCAUUGCAUUUUAAAACAUUAUAUGUGGAGCAACUAAAAACAAUACCCUCAAUAAUUGGCCUUCAUUUUCUUUUAACAAAAUCCGAAUUUUCAGAUUUUAUUAACAGUUAUGCACCAGAUAAUGAUUUUAUUAGUAAAGGUUCCGUGGAAGAGAUAAUCCUUUGCAAGAACAUAGCGAAAAAUAUGCAUCAUUGCCGUCCUAAACCAUCGUUACAAACUGCGAUGUUAUAUGCAAGAGAUGUGUGUAUGAUAGAUGUUAUUGCAUCUCUCAAUUCUUUAUUGAAUAGUCUGCCUGUUCAUGAAUUUGAUCAAAAUUUCAACAUGAUACAUGAAAAGCCACUUUUACAAAAGCUAUGUGUCUGGGUAGCUUUCUCAAAGAAGAGCAGAAAAGAUGAGAAGCAGUUAGUUUUUCAAAUUUGGCACAAAACAAAUUAUACGUCAGUUAAAUCGGAAAUAAUUAGAAUGUAUAUUAAUUUUCUUACUAAACACACAAAGAAAGAGUGGAACAUCCGUUAUAAAUAUUUGGAUGUGAUCCGAGAACAAUGGCGCUCCUUGGAGAUUCUUAUGGAAGAUGUAACAGAUGAGGUUAUAAUAAGAGAACUGUCUAGGAAAGUACGAAAACUGCCUUUGUCUAUCCGUACCGAGUUUAUUUUAAAAUGGUACGAUUUAAUUAAACACCUGCAACCUAAAUGCGAAACUUUUCCCCGAACACCUAUGAUGUGUUAUACAUUUGCAAUGCAUGAUCUCGACAAGAGUCUCUUAGCAGAAAUUAUUGAGGAUUGUAUAACGAAUAGAUUAUGGAGAACUAAAUUGAAUUAUCAUUACAUAGACCUGCUCGUUUCAUGUUUGUUUACGUCGAAAAAUGAAGACGAACAGAUAGCGUGUUUUAAUAAAAUAAUAGCCCCCGUGUUUCACAGCGCGUACAAAAUGUGGAAUGAGAAAACGUGCGGGCUCCUUUUGGUUCAAUACAAUAUUAAUAAUAUUGUCACUGGUUUGUGUAAAAGGUUAUUUAAUUGUAGCGAUAAUAAUAGCAAAAAACCUCCAACUGUAAUUAUACUUCUUCUGAAUAGCCUUCAAGACAACGUACCAGUAGACGAGAAUUAUAUUAUGAUAACAAAGUUAAAAUUAGCCGUGGAAUACUUUAACGUUUUGUCCGAAUAUGAAGAAUCACCUGAAGACGAAAUACACAAACGAGCUGUGCAAGGAUUUUCAAAAAUAUGUAUAAAAAUCUUCUCUGAAAAUAUCGCUACGUUCGGCAAGAGCAUUUGGAAACUAUUUUAUCAUGUACUACAGAUGAUGCUCGACGACUUUAGUAUGAUAAAAUCGACUCAAUAUAAAUUGUACAACUAUAUGUUGGAUUUAUGUACCACGUUAUCAUCAGAACUCGACGUCUUAGUCCACGUAUUGGUGAUGGAGUUGAGUUUAUAUGUGGAUGACUUUUUUACUUUGUUUUUCGAUGACAGUGAUGAUUAUGUGGAUCAUGAAGGGCAAAUAGCAUUGCUCGAAAGGAUAAAACAGCACCCCUCCCUCGAAGUUAAAGCGAAUUACUCCAAGGUGAUCUUGAGUAUUUAUGAAAAAGUUUCCUAUACGCAGUUGAGUUACAGGGAUAAAUAUUGAAAUUUGAGGAUAAUAUCUACUUCUAUCCGUGAAUGUUUUUGUAACGUCCAGAGCUCUAGUUUGAAUGUACCUUCUGCUGUGCCUUCGCCCAUAAGUUCACAUGAAAUUAAUAUUCUGAAACAUAACGAUAUUCGUUAAGAGACUUAAAAUAUUUAUUUAUAUA